CAUUUGUUCAACACUGAUCUUCAUCUCUUUAUAUUAAAAAGUACUCUGAUCUAGUCCUUCAGACUCUCACUGGAAAUAUUCAACACUCCGAGAUUUAGUUAAAGAACAGCUGCAAAAAUGGAAGAGCCAAGCAGCCAAAACGAAAUGGUUGCUCCGACGUCGUACAGAGGUGUUCGAAAACGAAAGUGGGGCAAAUGGGUGUCUGAAAUCCGUGAGCCGGGGAAGAAAACCCGAAUAUGGUUAGGAAGCUACGAGGCACCAGAAAUGGCGGCCGCGGCCUAUGAUGUGGCAGCAUUGCACCUCAGAGGACGUGGGACUCCCCUCAACUUUCCUGAAUUAGUCGAUAGUUUUCCUCGGCCGGCGAGCUCUUGUGCCGAGGACGUGCAAUCUGCGGCUCAAGAGGCUGCCUUGCGUAUUCGAAGGCAGGCAAAGGUGCCCAUGGAAGUGGGAAGCUCGGGGGGUAAUGCGGUGCCGGCUAGGGUGGGGCUCUCGGCGAGCCAAAUUCAGGCCAUAAACGAGUCGCCUUUGGAUUCACCGAAGAUGUGGACGGAGUUGGCGGGAGCUCUUUUGUUGGAGGAGAAUAAGAUGGUAUUUUAUGAUAAUGAUAUUGUUGAGUUGAGUGAGUGGGAAGAGAUACAAUACGAGUCUCUUUGGGACUCCUAGCCCCAUCAUGUACACAAUGAAUAUAGAGACAAACAAAUUAUCUCUCAUCUGUGAUUUGCAAAGAUAUAUAGAAUUAAAUUAAUAUAUAUCCACGAAAAAUGAAAAGAUAACUAGGUAACAAAUAUUAGACGGCCGCCUGUAAUCACUUAGACCGACUAAUUGUUUUCGAUUCAGUAAUUAGCUGGCCGGUACUUAUAUAUUUCGAAGAUUUCAGGUUACUGCCAUGUAAUUUAUUUACUGAUGCAUGGGUACUUAUAAUACUGGAGAAUGGUUUGAG